AUGUCGGCGUCUACUGAACCUGUUGCAGCCUCUGCUGUAGACGAACCUCGAGACAAGAAAUCUUCUGUCCCUUCAGCCGGGGAUAUUGCCUCGCCACCCCAGGCAUCGUAUGUACCUCGGAAGAGAGACUUCGGCUUCUUGCCGAUUCCAAAGCGCCUACGUUACGACCCUGCACGACCGACGCAUUUCAGUCAAGCGCUCAACUAUCUCUUCGCGGCCGCAACAUGUUUCAUCGUCGCGAACCUCAACUACGUCGAUCCGCUACUAAUUCAGCUUUCGCUCUACUUCAAAGUGGACUACAACAGAAUCGCUCGAAUCCCAACGCUCAUACAGGCUGGUUACGGCUCUGGCCUACUCCUCAUAUGUCCUCUCGGCGAUCUCGUUCACAGACGCAUGCUCCUCCUUACCUGCAUUACCGUUUCCACAUCCCUCACUGUCGGUCUUUGCAUCACGAAGUCGGUCGCCGUCUUCGAGGCCCUCUGCUUCCUCAUUGGCAUGUCCAGCGUCGUUCCUCAGAUCAUGGUACCGCUCGCCGCCGAUCUCGCACCAACAGAACGUCGCGGAACCGCCCUUUCGAUCGUCUUCGCCGGAUUAUCACUCGGAGUACUCAUGGCACGCGUGGUAUCUGGAGUCAUUGCGGAGUUCGCGGACUGGCGAAGCGUGUUUUACAUGGCGAUCGGGUUGCAAGGUGCUACUUUGCUGUCGCUGUGGGCGACAGUCCCCGACUACCCCCCUAAGACGAAGGAUCUCACGUACUUCGAUCUCAUGUGGAGCCUCGUGACAAUUCUGGUCACUGAGCCCAAGGUCGUGCAGACGGCGCUCAUUCAAUGCACUGGGAGCGUUUACCUGACGGCCUUCUUCGUCACGCUCACCUUCCUCCUUGGUGACGCGCCAUACCACUACUCGACGCUGGCCAUUGGCCUCAUGUCGCUAGUGGGCAUCUUCGGUGUGUGUAUGGCGCCUCUAUCCGGAAGGGUCGUCGACAAAGUUGUCCCAUGGUGGGGAGCCUUCUACUCGACCGUCGCCUUGCUAGGUUGCAUGGCGCUAUACACGGGCGCAGCGGGACUCAAUAUCGGCGCGAUAGUGGUGUUCAUGGUCGGCGUAGAUCUGUUCAGACAGCUUCAGGUGGUCUGUCUGACCACAGCUGUGCUCAACAUUGCUGGAGAGAUGCGAGCGCGCAUGAACGCGCUGAUCAUUCUCUCGCUGUUCAUCGGUAAGGUUAUUGGAACCAGCGGUGGCACAGCUAUCUUCGUCGCGCACGGCUGGCGCAUCAUGGGCGUAUGGAUGAUGGGACUUGUGGGGCUCCAGUUUGUCUUCUUGUUCUCCCGUGGUCCACAUGCUGGCCGCAGAACUUGGUUGGGUUGGGAAGGAGGGCUUGGCUAUGGCGAUAAGCGUUCCAAGGCGGAGAGUGCGGAGCAGACGGAUGCUGAGAAGGGUGCCGUCGGUGCGUCGGAGGAGAAAGUAGCUGUGGAUGUGAAGGAGAGGCCAGCGGAGGCGCCGUCGCACGGAUAG